AACCAAACAGUUGACUCAACUCCUGAUCUGCCAGUGCUGCAACUACAAUUGCACCGGACAAAAGUGAUGGGGGCUGCUUCAGUUUCUUGCGUAGGCAUCCACUUUGCCGGGAAGUGGCCAGGCAAGUGCCUCUACUUGUAGUUUGUUACCAGCCGUGACAAAAACUCCGGUUACCAGCUUGUAGGUGUGACUGAGGGCACUAACCAGUCACAGAGAAGUGCCCGGCCGCCUUGAUCUUACUGUGCGUACAUAGACUUGUGGGGUGCGUACGCAUAGCUACCCUGAACAUGUCAGUGACAUAAGCGCUGGUGGCCAGUGUUCCCUCCUGUGUUCCCUGGUGUUGGAAAGUUCACUGUGGGCAUGCAUGCAUCAAUCCCUUUGCCACUCCUGCUGCAUAUUUGGCCACAUUCAGUGAGAAUCACAAAGGGCUUGCCGAUUAUGCAAAAUCACCCAAUAUCGAAUGUCGGGUCACGAUGAUGAGCCCACGGUUACCCCAGUACAUGCACAUGUGUGAUACCACUCCUAGACAAAACCACUCUGUGCUAUAAAUGCCUUGGACAGGUCUUGGCUGUCUGCCAUCUGCUUGCAACUCAAUUUUAUCCCAAAGGCAAUAUUGCAAGGGAGGAGAAUAAAUGAAGGUGGCGACUUUCAAACACCUGGUGCUUCAUUCAAGAUAAGGCUCGCCGGUGACGACCACAUGCUUAUCUUCCUGGUGGUUUUGAAGAACUGUACAGGUGAUUUCUGCAAUACAUGAUGAGCUGAGAAAGUGUGUCGCUACACCUAAUUAUUAUUCACGGUAAAUUGGUGCCUGGAGCCUCCGUAGAACUACAGCAAAGAGGACUCUAACCUGUCGGCACCAGCAGCAGCAACAGCAGCACUAUCUCUUCAUCCGAUGGUUACAAUGGCGGCUGCUGUACCCCAGGCAAGGUACAUCAACCGGCCAGAGUACGGUGCUGGGACGGGAGCAGUCAAUGUGGCAGCAGCCAGUGGAGAGAUUAUACCAGCACAGCAGCUAAUGCAAGCCGCCAACAUCAUCAGCCCCGUUGCCCAGGCAACCGCAGCACACGUAACCAGGACUACGCACGCCGCAUCCUAUCCGGUCUACCAGAGCAGUGGCCAGCAAACUAUGGCGUAUAUUCCUGGUGCCAUUCAAGGUCAGACGAUGAGUGGACAAGCAGAGACCCAAACAGCAGCAGUGCCAUACCAGCAAACACAGACGACUGAGCAGUACCCAACGUCAUCGUAUUCCACAUCGGGAGCGACCGCAGUACCUGUGACUGGCCAGUGGACUGCGUCUCAGCAAGACACAACUGUGGCUAUCGGGUCAAUGGCAUAUCAAACUCCUCCACAGGAGCAGGCGCAAGCGCAGGCCACGUGCUUUGUCUGGCCUAUGCCGGGCAGUGGACAGGUCGCACAAACCUUCACCAGGACUGAUGUGCACCCACUGCACCACCACCACCACCACCACCAGCACCAGCAGCACCAGCAGUCGUCACAACAGCAGCCAGAACAUCAACAGCCACAACAGCAACAGCAACAACCACAACAGCCGCAUCAGCAACAACUGAUGUCACAGCAGCAGCAGCAACAGCAGCAGCAUGCAGAUGUUAGUGCCUCUUCUGUUGUAACCGGUGGUGGUCUUGGUACAGCUGAGUCUGUUGGUCAACUUGCACAAUCUACAAUUGCAUCUCCACUAGUUGCCCCUCUGGUAAAUUCUCCCGAGCAACAGCAUUCUCCAGCUGGUGAGAAACUAUUUGAAGAAUCAUUGGUGAAGCGCCGCCAUCUUGCUCAACCCUCGGAGAGUGACAGGAGCCAGAAACUGUCGGACGCAAGUGAAGUCAUGUCCCCGCAGCGAUACAGUCUUGCACAUGUCUCGGCCAUUUACCACCAGCAUCAUCAACAGCAGCCCGCACAACACACAUCAACCACUCAGCCGUCGCCGAUGAGAACAUACUUUCAGGGAUACACGCCUACACCAGUGUAUGGCUCCUCAACACCAGUCGUGCCCGUGGCCAACCCAGCACAGCAGCACCAGGUGUCAGUCUACCCGUUAGCAAGUCAGCAAACUGCGGGUGCAGUUCAAACUCUUCAUGCCGUUCCAACUGCGCCGGGAUACAGACACGCCACGACUGCCAGUGGUGCAAUGCAACAAGCCACCGGUCUCAACCCGGUCACAACGACGACGUGCUACCAUCCCGCACCGUACCUCAUCACUCCAAACACUCCGCCGUACCAGGUACGCGACGUGCGUGUAUCACCGACCUCACCGCUGGUCCAAUCAGACACGUACGCGGCCACUGGUACAAUGCCCCUGCAACACCAACAUGCACACCAUCACCAGCUGCAUCAGCACCAGCCGCACCAGCACCCGCAUGCGCAGGGCAUGCGAAUGCACACGCUCGACUCCGGGCGGCCACGCCGAAGGAAGUCGCAGCCUGUGGAUGAUGGCGAUCCCGGCAGAAAAAUCUUCAUCUGGGACCUUGACGAGACGCUGCUUCUGUACAGUUCACUCUUGGACGGUUCUUUUGCCAAGACCAUGGACUUGGACUGCCACCGCAUGGAUCACCUUGGAAGGACUCUAGAAAAGCUUAUCUUUGCUCUGUCGGACAGCUCUUUCUUCCUCAAAGACCUGGAGAAAUCUGACCAGUGUCACAUUGAGGAUGUUGUUCAAGAUGGAACGGUUGUAGAUCUACGGGAUUAUGACUUUGCAAAUGAUGGCUUCACACCAACAUCGCCCGAGGCAUCCGGGGAAAUGGAGGCAGCCGUCCAGCAGCAAUGGUACCGGCAGCUAGCCAAUCGUUACUUGCAGAUACAGAACACAUGGAGCCGUGCAAGGACAACAGCACUGACAGAUCUGUUGCCAAUGGACCAGGUAAAGGAGAAUGAACAGUUACAGCAAGAACUUGAUCAGAAUGCAGAGAGUUGGCAUCGAACUGUACUGAGGUGUCUUGCACUCAUUAGUUCAAGGUCAAACUGCAGCAAUGUGGUGGUGUCUAGCUGUCACUUCGUGCCCACGCUUAGCAAGUUGCUGCUGUACGGCAUGGCGCCUCACUUCCCGCUGUCCGGAGUGUACGGUUCAGCAUCUUGUGGGAAAGAGGCAUGCAUUGAGAGAAUCAAGGCACGCUUUGGAGGCAAGUGCACCUACUUGGUCAUAGGCAAUGGCGGAGAAGAGGAAGCAGCGAGUCGCAAGCUUGACCUGAUAUUCUGGCCAAUUCGCAAAGUGUCCGAUCACCAAGCGCUUCUGCAGGCACUGUCGCUGGAGCACAUGUAGCAGCGGAAUGAGCUCCGCUGAACUGCACGGUAACCGCAUAAGAAUCAGGAGUCCUUGGGCAGCACCAGGAAGGCAGCACAAUAGCUGCAUGAUAAUGUAACAAGAGCCGCAACACACCGUACGGUAGUAUUGCAAAAGCAUAUAGACGCAAGCAAUCAUGGAGCAUCAUCAUGCAGCACAUAUGAAUCGCCAAAUAUAGCAACGACAUUGACUCUGCUCAAGCUUGAAACGGCAAUGUAUUAAUUUAUCCUAUCCCAAUUGGCGUGGCAUCCUGCAACAGCCAAACAUACGAUUAUAUUGUGGAAAUAAUUCAUCGUUUCGUAACAGCAUAAAAGUAUUCUCUUCGUUUAGGUCUGUUUUCAGAUUGUAUUUAUUUCCUUUUCCGAGGCUGUAAUUAUUUUUAACCAGUGUACUAAAUUAUAGGAAUUUAGGCCGAGCAUUCGUUUAACAGAUAGGGUUAUUUUGAUCGCACUUCUCCCAGCUGCAAAGUAUCGCUAUAUCGCUUUCAAUGGUAAAAAUAAUGAAUUAUUUGAAGGAGAUACUAGUAAUCGGGUAGCGACUUCUAUCUGCGAUGAUUUCAUAGGAAACUUGUCAAAUCAGUGGAAAGCGUGAUCUCCGGUGCGGAGAGAAACCAACUUUCUAGAAUCAUUUGAAAUCAAAAUCAAUCAUUGGAGGUACAUGCAUGCAUGUAUUCUCACUUCACACAGUCAGUGCCAACCUAGGGUACGUAGAGGUCAGAAAUGUUAGACUAGAAUAGUACUAGCAACUGCUACUGCUAGCAGGUCAGCGGUGUAGUGAACCAGCUACAUCUACUUGAAUAACUCGAGCUAGCACUGCCGUAGUACCCAAGACUUAACUUCCCAAGAGUAGACCUCUACACAAUGCAAAGCAGUUACAUGUAACGUAACCAUGGUAACCCCACCGUCAUUACUGCCGUUAAAAUAGUAGAUCAAUCUGACAUGACGACAUGUGGACUUCGCAGGACAUACUGUUGUACUUGUACUUUUUUAAGUUGUAGCCUCAUACUCAUAGUCAUACUCAUACUCAUACUCCUACUCAGGGAGGCUUUUACGACUCCCUGGUCUUACUCAUACCGGUACAUAACAUUAACAGCCAUUGUCUCUGUCAACUAAA